UCAGAGAAAAAAAAGUGUCCGACUCCGCGACAUAAAACCAGACGGACAUAAAAACACCACUUUUUGAUUGAUUUCUUCCGGUGUUCAGCGCUUCCAAUCUGGUCUGGUGUAUCUGUGAUAACUUCCCGUUGGUGGACACUCGUCGUGUUUGGGCCGUUUGUGAUUCUUUGUCAUAAAGAGGAACUUAUGAUGAGAAAAGUGUGAUUGUAUUUUGUAUAGUUUGCCGACCCGCUCGCGCCCCUUCUGCUCCGACGACCUCCCCCGUAUGUUUUACCACCAUCGGGAGCAUCAGAGCGUGCCUGUCUGAGUUUCGACGGCUUGUGUUACGGCCAGCAGUGCCCACAAUUUACGCUGAAAGUGAUAUAAAGUGGUAGCCGGAUCAAUUAUUAUACAUUUAGGUUUAAGAGACAUGCUGUAUGAGUCAGCACAAUGCCUUACGAAGGCACCCUCUAUGAGUUUCUGAGUGAGGUGGGUUUACAACAGUACCACCACGACUUCGUCAAUAAACUUGGGGUGACCGCCAUCGACCACUUGGCCUACGUCCAAACGGACGAUGUUCUACACGUUGGAAUGACUGCCCCGGAGUGGCGUCGAUUAAAAGCAUCAAUGAAGAAAGUCAAGAAGGGGAAAUUCAAACCGGGGAAGGGUGUCAAGGCGUCCAAGACUAAGCCAACGAUCGUGAGGGUACCGUCCCAGCCGGGUACGCCUUCAGGUGGUCACAUUAUUCCAGCAUCAGCAAUAAAUAUCCUGGACAGAGAGCUAGGCAGAGGAGAGUUCGGCAAGGUUAUGCAAGGAGUAUGGACGGACAAAGACGGCCAAAAGAUUCAAGUAGCAGUCAAGUAUCUGAGUCCAGAGAGACUGUCUGCGGACAAAGCUCAAGACUUCGUCAAGGAAGCCGCCAUUAUGUAUUCCCUUAAUCACGAUCACCUGGUCAAGUUGUUUGGAGUCGUCCUCGAUGUUGAGGCGUCGUUAAUGCUUGUGACGGAGUUUGCAGCGUUACGCUCCCUACUGGAGAACAUUAAGCAGCCAAGUCUUCGCCCCUCCUUCCCCAUCACACUCCUCCUGGAGUUUGCCGGGCAGAUCGCCGAUGCCAUGAAAUACUUACAUCUAUCUAAUAUCAUCCAUCGAGACCUCGCAACGAGAAACAUUCUGCUCUUUGUUGACGAUGAUGGUACCAAGAAAGUGAAAAUCAGCGACUUUGGUUUGUCGAGACGAUUAAUCCUCGGGGAGAAUUAUCGUUCUGAAAUGAAGCCGAACUUAAAACUACCGUUAGCUUGGAUGCCAGUCGAGGCACUGACCAAGCUGACGUUCACUAAAGCCAGUGAUGUUUGGAGUUUUGGUGUCACCAUGUGGGAGAUGUUUACAUACGGCCAGCAGCCUUGGUCAACGCACUCUGGGGAAGAGAUUCUAAAAGCAAUAGACAAGCCAGCCUUGCAGCGUCUUGAAAGACCCGAGGCAUGCCCCGUCAAGAUCUACGACAUCAUCUUGAAGUGUUGGAAACAUGAGCCAGAGAAGAGACCCAGCUUUGCCGAGAUCGGAGAGGAACUACCCAAGGCCAAGCCUCUUCAGGUCCGAGCUCUCUCUCAGUACAAAGCAGCCAAAGAUGGAGAAUUAACAUACAGGGCGGAUGACAUUAUCACUGUGUUGGAAUCCAACGAACAAACUGGAGUCUGGACUGGCAUUCUCCCUCUUGGUAAGGUAGGAACAUUUCUAAGGUGUAACACUACACUCAUGGGCAGCAGCAGUGGAGGAGGGAGUAGGUUACGACGAUGGAAGAGCGGCUUCAGAUCAGACAAGCGAGACCAAAGAAAAAGCUGGCAUGGUCGUCUGACUGCAGAUGCAAUAGGUACACCAAUGGGAGCUCGACACAUUUUUCACGUUGGUCCAGAUGGUAGUGUUCAAGGAGAUGCAACGUUUGGUGGAGACUAUCGGACUUUACCCCCAGAUGGCAGAAUCAGACAACCCUGGAGUAGUUCCUCUUCAGUCUCCUCCGCAUCGUCGGCGUCCAACACCCGCUCCCCGCCCCGUUCCCCUUACCGGCCCAACCCUUCAUCAUCUUCUACCCUCCCCCCAGGGGUGACACCCAGCCAGUCUGUGUCAUCCCUUCCCCCUCAUACCACUAAGGUCAGAAACAACAGCGAAAUGACAAGCAGCACCCCGGAGCUCGCCAGCUCGGCUGCCCGUUACCAUGACGACCAUAACGGGGACCAAUCCGACGACGAGGAGGAUCUGCCGAGACUGAGGAACGUAUCUGCGCCCGUGUCGGUCGCGCAGACAUCGAGGAUUAUCGAAGAGCCGUCCAUUUCUCCGCAGAUGGAGACCGUGGUGGAAGCCACUAUGUCCGCUAGUACAGAUAGGUCCCCAUCGCCUGACACCAUUUCUCUCUCAUUGAAUCUGGAGAUGGGAUCCCUUCUAGAUGAGUUCAUGAACGAGUGGGACGACCGGCGACACACGGUCGAGGUUUUAGACAGCGGGAAAUUGACGUCGAGUAGACCGAAGGAGGAUAGGAACAAGAACUGGGAACUGGGCGCCACCAACGGAGACUCCCCUACAUCAGGUAAUACACCCCGUCCUGGGUCUCUCCAUUUAUCCAGCUCCUCUGGAUCCGAGGGAAUGAGGUUAGCUCGAGGGGGUACGGGAGUACUGCGGACAUCCUCGAAAAAGAAAGGGACGGUCGGUACGUCCGGUGCCGAUGGUACUGCCGAGGAGAACUCGCCCUACCUAACCCCAUUGCAUAAUAUGAUUAUAAAGGAUUCACCUUCCAAUCCAGCUAAGACGUAUAGAAGGGUACCGUCUUUCAGUGGUACACCGCCGACUGCUGGAGGUGCUAUGGGCGGGAGAGAGUCCCCGGACGAUAGCUGUAGGAGCAGCGAGGUACCAGACGUGAGAUUGAGGGUCAAUUUAGACAGAGCCAGCAGUCUGAGGGAUAAGAAGGAUGAGGUGGCCUUCAUGAGGUUGUCGACGUCGCCGUCUCAGAAGGCUGAGAAUGAUUAUAUAGAUACCAGCGAUCUGGUGAGAUCCAACCCACAAUCUCCGGCCAUCGAGGCUUCAGUCACUCGUCAACCCUUCACGACCUCGAUGUCGACCUCCUCCUCAUCCUCGUCAGAAAGAACCUCAAGUCCCUUGUCGAUCAGUACACAUCAGAAGCCUGCAGCUGGAGACUUCUCAAACCCCAACGAGUACGAAGAACUCUCAGAGGCCACUUCCAAUCCUCCUGAGGAUGUUGUUUCCGAGAUGCUUCCCAAACCCCACGUCCGUAGUUUCGAUCCUCUCAAGGAAGUAGGUAGAAGUAAGAGUAUGCGUGUCCCAGUCUCUCGCCCCGCGAUGGAAGAUGCCUACGCAAAGAGGAAGGGACAGUUUGGUCGCAGCCGAAGCCUGAAAGAGACCGCUGCAACGGCACGCGCUGAAGAAGUCUAUGCAAAAUUAAUAGGUGGGCGGAUCAGUGGAUCAUCUUCCCCCUUACCAAGAGCCAGUCCACCUGUCGCUUCAUUGGCCCUGGGUAAAGGCUCGCCAGGGAAAUCUAAGAACCCAUUUGUAGAAAUGAGCGAGAGCCCAACAGAGAGUCCCUCUGGUCGACAGGUUGGGGUCUUGGAAAGGAUGAGUUCUCACGAGAGUUCAGAUGGCGGAUGGCAAAACAGUGCCUCAGAUCACGAUUCUAGAGAAUUGCAGUUCGGACCUGGAGACCCACUCGAUGAUAGCGUUGCUGCUGGCGACAACAAACAAGACGCUAAUGUUGGGGUGCGAGCCUUGCGUAGUAUAUUCGACGCUCCUUCCGCACCACUGCAGAUCGCUGAGGCAACUCAGCAGAAGCCUCCACCACCAAAGGUACCCCCUCGUAGCCGCCGCUCUCUAAAAUCCAGCGAACCCAAAGUGGUGAAACCCAAAACUAACAUAGAGUUACCGUCACCCAGUGGGAUAACCCAUUCGCCCAGAGGGUUGAACAAUAACUACUCCCUCGAUGGGGACAAUGAGUUUGGAAGUGAGAAAGAUCAGUCUGUCGUCGUCGACAUAAAGCUGAGUCCCAAAACAAUUCAGAGCCUGGAGAGGGUCAUGCCGAGGCGGGUUCGUCGACCGAUCGGAGAAGGUCGGAUCAAGAGGCGGGGAUCAAGUGACGUCAGCGACUCCGAUAACGAUUCAAACGUCAAACACCUUUCAGCUGAUUUCACAUCACGAAGUUACGACGGAGACAGUUCCUCCGACGAAGCCCCUGGCAAGUUUGUUACUGGAGAGAUCGGCGUCGGGUAUCCCUCCCGCCCUCUGCCGGAUUUACCAGAAGACCAGACUAACCGACAAACUACCAGGAACCCCCUUCCCCUACCACCAAGAGCCUCCUCAAACUCUCCUCGCACCCAGCGUACAGGCUUGGCAGAAUCCCCUGGCUCCACUUCUGACGGCGUCGUGACAAUCCCGACUAAUGAAGUUGAACGAGUGGACAUUGCCGAGUUUUUCGUACCCCGACAGACGCCCCCACGGACACCGACGCGUACUACAUUCGCAAACAGCGACAGUGACAACGAGGAGAGAUACGCACUGCCGCCAACCCUCAACGGUUCCUUAAAACAAAGUCGAAAGCCUCCCAUGAUCCGUAGCCACACCGUAGAUGCCCCGAUCGUCCCCAAGAGACAUUCCGCCAACCCUUUUGCUACGUCCUUCAGACCCCCUCUACUUACAAGUCAUUCUCUUGAUCUAGGGACUAGCCGCGAUUCAGCAAUGGCUAAUCAUGUCGUAGCUUCCCCUGAAGAUAUCCGUCAGCUAAUCCGGCGAGAGUCCGCUUUGGAAAUGCAAAUGUCCGAGAGCAGUACCGAUGAUGAGAGUGAUGACAAUAAUGAUUAUAUCGAAUGCAGAAUUGUUAAAGAAGAUCUGAGUGAUAUGCCCAGAAGACCUCCACCCCCAGUCCCCGUACGUUCACCAGAAGGUGCCCCAGUAAGAAUCUCAAAGGCAUCCAUCAGCCUGGAUGUUAAGAUUCCCGCCUACCAAUCUGAAACCUUGCCCUUCCCUGCUGAGCCCGUCCGAGCUUCAAAACCAGCAGAACUAAUUCGAGAAACAGAGUACGAGAUCAUGCAGCCUCAAAGAGACUCUGUGUUCUUCAGUGAAACCAAGCAAGUUAAUUUGUUCGCCACACCGCCAAAGGAUAUACCUCUUGAAGAACGGGAGAUCCCACCGCUGCCACCACUUCCAGGUACAGACCUAGGUGUCCUAAGUCGUAGCCGCAGUGCUCAUUCAUUCAGUAAUUCCAAUGGGGCCUCUGAUUAUGUGAGAGAGCGUCGAGGUACCAUCGCCUCAACCAGACCCUCGGAGGCCCUGAAGGAAUCCGAUGAGUGCCAUGGCAGCCACCCAGGAACAAAGAGUUUGGAUCGACUGGAGAGGAAGUCCAGAAGCUUUGACGACCUUCAAGAUGAUGAUGUUUCUGGCCUUAAAGUGGCAGAGAGCUUGAAUGAUGUGCUAGCCCGUACAUACAGAUCUCCUCCAGCUCCAAAUCCCACUUACAUCUCCCCCCGCCCGCAGACUGGUACGUACCCUCGGACCCAGAGGACACCCCACCUCACCGGUCACCCCCAGAUUCCUCGAGAACCUCCACCGAGCAUCGGCAACCACACCGUCCCGCCACCGCUUCCCCACAGACCCUCGGAGGACUACAUCGACAUGAGUAACCAGAAGAAAAAAGUGUCCGGGGUGGAGAAUGGUCCAGCUGUGGGGAGUCAGAGAGCUCUUGAUGUCCAGCUGGUGAGGCGGGAGAUACCUGAAGAGAUAUCUGUUGACGAGUGCUCCAAAGUCUUGCGAGAGAACCUCUGGAACGUUCCUCUGACUAUCAAGAUCUUAAAGACGCGCUAUCUGAAGAGAACCUUGCUCCUGGAUGACCAGACUUGUCGACAGGCUCUCGGGGAAUCCGACUGGGACCUGAACUUGGCCAUGGCAAUCAUCGGCGCUAGCUCCGAGAGCAGUAUCAGCUUGUAAAAUAAAUGAAUGGAUCUUCUUUACAAGUGUUGCUUACUCUCUAUGAAUCAAGAUAAGGUGCAACCUUGACCUUUGAUUAAACUUUCGUAUUAAUCCCCAGUUCAUGCGUCCUACGAAUGCGAAACGAACUUUGACGUCAACAAUUUGCAAGGAAUAAUUCGCAAUAGUUGAGCUGUGUUCUACUCCUGCGAAACAUUCACAGCUAAAAACAUCCUUUUGACGUCAAACUUCGCUUCGCAUUCGCACUCGCAUUUGUAGGAAGUAUGAACGAGGCUUUACUGGUGAAACUGCGGUACCUGUGCACUUUCUCUGAAUUGAGAUAAGAUAAAGCUUUACCUUAGCUUUUGUAAUGUAAAAACUGCUGCCCCUUGUCUGUACACUAUCUUUGAAUCAAGAUAAUGUACAGCUUUGACAUUGACUUUGAUAAUCAUCAUGAAAUUGCUGCCCCUGGUACUGUAUGUGUACUGUCUUUGAAUCAAGAUAUGGUACAAUCUGCACAUAAUGCUUUGAUAAUCAUAAAACUUCUGCACCUGGUAUGUAUACCUUUUACUUGAAUCAAGAUAAUGUACAGCUUUGAACACUGACUUUGAUAAUCAUUAUAAAAUGGCUGCCCCUGGUAUGUGUACUGUCUUUGAAUCAAGAUAUGGUAAAAUCUGAACAUAGGCUUUGAUAAUCAUUAUAAAACAGACCUUCCCAUGAAAUAUGUAAAUUGCACCGUGCGCACUAACGUUUUGGUUGGCAAAAUGAGGGAACAUCGCGCUGUU